GGAUUGUUCGAUAUCAUUUAAACAGUUUGUCCUUGAUUUCUGUUCCAUAAUCCAUCGCUGUCCCGUCCCGUCCAGUCCUUCUCCUAACCCGACUCGAACUGACCUGACCUCUCUGUCGCGCCAUCGCCAGACAGGGCCGCGCCAAUAAGCCAAAAUGGACUCGACAGGAGCUGCUCCUCCAACUCCUCAGUGGCGAGGACCUACAAUCCCCAUCGAAAAUAGCAGGCAAGUCGCCAUGCUGGUCACCUCGGCCUUUGCCAUGGUCAUCCCGACGAUCCUCGUGGGCCUUCGCUUCUGGGCCGGCCAUAUCAUCCACCGACGCCUCGACGCCAGCGACGUGUGCAUCCUGGCCGCCCUCCUCUUCACCAUCGGUCUGCACGUCGACAUGUACAUCAUGGUGCUGCGCGGCGGCUUCGGCUUCCACGGGCAGGACAUCGUCCUCCGCUUCGGCAUGGACACGCUGGUGCUCUUCCUCAAGUGCAUCCUGGCCUUCCCCAUCAUCUGGAACUUCACCAUCUGCCUCAGCAAGCUGUCGGUCCUGUUCAUGUACGCCAACGUCAUCCCCGUCCCCAGGAUGAAGAUCGCCUGCCGCGUCGUCGGGCUCCUCAUCAUCCUCUGGAACACGGGGGGCAUUCUCGGCGCCCUUCUCCUCUGCCGCCCCAUCGCCAAAAACUGGGACAAGACGAUCCCGGGCACCUGCGGCGACAACCGGCUCUUCUACAUCUGGCUCGGCAUCAUCAACGUCAUCGUCGAGGCCGUCAUCCUGCUGCUGCCCGUUCCGUUUAUUCUCCGGCUGCAGAUGAAGACGUUUAAGAAAGUCGUCGUCGUCGGCAUGUUUAGCGUCGGGUGGAUGUGAGUCAAUUUCUCCCCCCAACCCCCCCUUCCCCGUUUGUUUUUUCUUCAUUCCUCUUCUCUAAGAACACACUCGCUCACUCCCCC